AUGGACCAAAGCUUCGAAACCGAUCCAGAUUCAGAUCCCAACCCCUGGAAAUAUUUCCCAUUCCAGCUGGGUGAAAGCGAAUAUCUUGAGAAAUAUGAGCCGGGAGGCUUCCAUCCGGUACACAUUGGAGAUGUCUAUGAUGGGCGAUAUCGUGUCGUUCACAAGCUUGGAUUUGGAGGGUUUUCGACCGUCUGGCUCGCUCGGGACACCAUCUCGCACAGAUGGGCCGCAUUGAAGAUUAUCGUUGCAAGCCAGUCGCAAACAUACGAGGCCCGUUCUACGAUCGCAAGCCAUCCCAGUGUCAUUCAAUCCCCGCAUUUUGCUGUCCCCGACAGAAGGUUUUGGAUCGAUGGGCCAAAUGGUCAGCACCUUUGUCUUGUUGGUCCAGUUCUCGGCCCUGACCUUGCCAAGCUCUCCAAGGGCAUUUACUCGAGAAUAAAGCCAGAUUUUGCUAAGGAGGUGUCUCUACAAGCCGCCCAGGCUCUAGCACAACUCCAUGCAAGUGGUAUUUGUCACGGAGACCUUACCGUCCACAACAUGGCCGUGCGUCUGACUGACCAAUUCGAUCUGUAUGAUGAGGCUGAUCUUAUUGACCUGUUCGGACAUCCUGCAACGUCACCUCUCAUAACCUACUCUAGGAAGUCACCAAAACCGCACGGACCCGACUAUAUCGUGGUUGCCUUGGACUUCUUGGCAUCAACCACUCCCAUUUUGAGCAGAGAUACUUGCAUUUUCGACUUUGACCAGUCUUUUGCAGUCGGAAGCCCUCCCUCCGGACGCCCUGGUAUCCCAGCCAAGUAUGUAGCCCCGGAGGUUGCAGUUGGGCGUGUCCUGAGCCCUGCUUCUGACAUCUGGGCCCUGGGCUGUGCCAUCUUCCGUCUCAGGUCCGGAGACGACCUAUUCUUUGACUACGACACAUGUUGUCCGGAGGACGCACUCAGGCAGAUUGCUAAAUUUCUUGGUGAACUCCCUGACGAUUGGAAACAAACCAGGUUCGACGAAGAUGGGUUUGCAGUUGCUGGCGGGCAGGAGGGAGACGCAUUCUGGACCCUCGACGUGACCGAGCGACUAGAGGAUCGUAUAGAAGCGAUCCUCGAUGAGCCACCGAGCCUUUUCAUAAAUGACCAGGGUCAAGCUGUUGAGCCUGUGGAUACGAGCAUGGAUGAUCAACCUGGCUUCGUUAUCUUUGAUCCAGAGCUCAGGAUUCCAUUUCCGGCAGCGAUAGGUUCAUUGGCUUGGAGGCCGACGGCAAUUUGUGUCAGUGGCGGUUACUUCACCGCAUAUUCGGAAGAGUCAGAAGAAAUGCUGAAGGCAUUUCCGCGGCUAUCUGGAUCCGAGUCGCGGCUGUUGAUUGAUCUAUUGUCUAGGAUAUUUACGUAUGAUCCGGCAAAGCGUAUGAAGGCGGAGGACGUUUUGCAACAUGCUUGGUUCAAAUCCUCGACAUAG